CCACGGGCAAUCGCCAGACGAACGAGAGCCGCCGCGCCGCGGGGCAGAGUGGGGCCCGCCAGCCAAAUCGGCGGAGACAAGAGGGGCGGAUAGCCGAGGGCCCUGGUCGAAGAUGAGGGGAAUACGUGCGCGCGUGCGUGCCCGGCGCUCAAGCCCUCGAAGGCGAGGCCCUGUCUUGAGCGCGCCGAGAGAUAUCGACCUUAUCCGCCCCCGCUGCCGCCGCCGAGCCCUACAGCUCCUCGACCUGCUGGGUCUGCGUGCUGCUGGCGCCAGCGGGGCUCGGGCGGACGGCGUCGGCCCCGGGGGGCCCCUAGGACCGGAGCCUGCCGCGCCACGGGCCGUGCAGGCACCUCCGCGGCCGGCGAGCGAGGAGGAGGAGGAGGAGGAGGAGGAGAGGAAGGCGAGGGUGGGAUCUGAGGGGGCACCUCGCUGGCGCCCUGCAGCCCUUCUUGCCAGCAGACGCUCUCCCUUGUGGAGGCGGGCCAGGGCCAUGGCGUGGACGUCCUCCUCCUCCCCCCACGUCCAGCGGCGAGCCGUCGCGGCUGACGCUGGGUGUGUGCCCGAGGGAAUGCCAAAGAAAAACGACUUAGAGUGCGCACCCUACUCUGGGAUGCGCGACCCUUCGGCCAACGAUUGGAUGCUGCACGCGUUGGGCACAUCUGAUCGCUCCCUUAUGAUACAGAGACGCAGCGCGGGCACUUGCCGGCGCCCAGCUGGUUCGUGA